AUGACGGAUAACAACGACGAUAACUUCAACACGCAAAUGCUUGCCGCUAUCAAAUCUAACGACCUCGCUGCCCUACAGAAAAUGCUGUCGACACGCGAGGCCGAAGGUCCUAAUGCUUUGCAGCGGGGUCCGGGAUUGACCGAUGCCCUCAGCACAGCAUUGGAGCUAGCCCGGUAUGACAUGGCUGAGGAGCUUUUCAAGCGUGGUGCUAGGUGGGGUGAUAGCACUAUCAUGUACAUCGCAGACGGGGCACGUGAAGAAAACGGGUGGAAUACGCAAGCCAUCGAUGUGGCGGUAGCGCACGGUUGGGAUGUCAACGAGCACUUUGAUCAUAUUGGAAGCGCUCUUGUGUAA